AUGACCUAUUGUAAAAACAGAACGUGGGUCAAUAUAUUUAUCAUUUCCAAAAAGUUCUCGACUCGCAGUUUAUUUAAUCUUUCCGUUCUUUUUUCAAGUUUAUUCAAGAAAAUAUUGAUAAUUCACUUCUGGCUUGAGAAAAAAAGCAUCAAAAAAAUCAGGAAUGCAUUGUUUGACUCAUUUUUUUAUUCGUACUUUCACAUCCAUUAUCGAAUUUUUAAACGAAUUAUGUGUCAGUUCAUGAUAGUAGGGGAGAAAUGAGUCAUAAAGUGUAUUGAAAUACAAAGAAGCUUGGCCCAUAUUUCUGGAAUUGAACUCCCAGGCUGAAAUAUUUUUUGCUUUAUUUUUUCCAAGCCAGUUGUGAAAGUUUAGUUCGUUCAAAGAGCUUUGCUGAGGUGUUUAAAGACGCAAAAGACUUGCAAGGCUCGAAAUAACUUUGGAACAUGCUUUUCUUCUCGAGACCUCCAUGAUAACAGCCUAUGUGCCUUUAAACACCCCAGACAAGUUUUUUGGGCAGUUUUACAACAGAGUUUCUCUUUAAAUCUUAUAAAAUGCUUCAAAAUCAGGAAUUCCUUUUAUGAAGUUCUUUUUGAGUUUCGAGACAUGUUCCGUUAUCUGUGUGAAUUCGUUCUCUUGCCUAUUAUUGUCAAAUAAAUUUAAAAAGGUGUUUUUUUCAGCCAAAACUUGUGUGAUAAUGGCUGCAUUAUUACAUUUAGCUCUUCAACGCGAUUAUAUCGAAAAAUGCCAGUGAGGAUGUGAAUAUCCUUAUUUGGUUUUUUUCUUAAAGGCACAGGCCUUUUUUUCGACUAUGCUUCCUUUGAUAAUAAAAAAACCUUUUUAAGGAUUUUUUUGUUUUUUUGAAAUGGCUGGGAAGUUUGGAUGGUUUUUUUGUGAAGAACCGUUUCAUUACGGGAUUUGAUUGAUUUUGUAAAUUUUUUUGACUCGAAAUUCGAUUUUUCAAAUUAUUUUUUUGAGAGUCUUUCAUGUUACUUCAGAAAAAGUAGUUGCGAUUUCAUUUUUAACCAUUUAAAAACGGAAAAAAAUAAUUUAGAAUUUUUUUCGAUGCUCUAAAACUGUUAAAAAUUGAUUAAAAAAACAAAAAAAUCGUUCAUAUUUCCCAGCAUUCCUUUCUGGGAUGACUAUAUAUUUUUGAAAAAAAUGAUUUCUACGUCCAGGACCCUUCAUUCUGGCCCUGACAUCCAAAAGAAGGUCCAACGAAGAAAAGGCCUUCAUUUUGAAAGCUUUCAACAAGUGGAAAUACCUGACCAAUGUUUGGUUCCAGGUAAAAUUGGGGAAAAAAAUAGAAAAAAGGUGAAAAAUCAUAGUUUGCCGACGUGUUGCCGGAGAUUGAGUUGCUCGUGGAGGAUGCCGAUUUUCCGGCCAAAGAUUAUGCGGCUCUUCUCUCUUCCAAGGUUUUUCUGAAACAAUGUACAUAUUUGUUAAUUGUGAAGGUUUUUUUAAAAGCUUGAAAUUUUUUUAUGAAAAAAAAUAUUUUUUUCUAUAAUUUUGGAAUAAAACUUUGGAUAAAUAGAGUUUGAACACAAAAAGAAUCUUAUUGUAAUUUUUUUGUCAGUGAUGGUAAAUUUUGAUGUAAUUUCUCGAAGUCAGAGUUUUAGGGUUUUUUUCAAAAAAAUCACUUUUUUUAUUGAUUUUUUUCCCCGGAAAAAUAUGAUUUUUCAGCUUGUGAUAUGUUAAAUUUUUUUAAAAGGAGAAUUAAAAAAAGCAAGUUUAUCUUGAAUUUUUUAUGAUUUUUAAUUUUUUUACUUUUUAGGAAUUUUGGCUAUAAAAGUACGGAAAUGCUUUCAGUUAUUGCGAGAUUGACGAGUUUUUUUCAAAAAAAGUGUUAAAUUUUAGCUUCUUAAACAGGAAAAUAAGGAAUCUGGUUGAAAAAUUUUUUUAGCUAUUUCUAUAGUUUUGAAAUGGUGAAACUUGAAUUUUCUUGUUGAAAAAAUGAGCUGUUGAAGUUUUCAAAUUUUUCCUCGGUUCAAAUCUCAAGUUUCCAGGUCUAUUUCUGCUUGGGCCUCUACGAUCGGGCCCUGACUUUGGCCCUACGAGCGGGCGAUUUGUUCAACGUCGUUCCAAAUGCGGAAUUUGGCCUCGAAAGUGACUCGGAAGUCCGUUUUGAGCUGGAAAUUGAAAAUAAAUCCAUUUAUUUAUAGUACGUCGACAAGAUGGUCCAAGUGGCGAUCGAUACGUUCAAAGUAGAGAACAAGAAAAAUCACGGCCUUGUUGAUUCCCAAAUCAGCGGCCUGAUCACCAAGAUUGUGAACAGGAAUUUGGAAAAGGUCAAUCUUUGGAAUGGGAAAAUAAGAAUUUUCUGUUGGAAUAUUGAUUGAAAUAGACUUGAAAAUUUGUUAUUUUUGAGUAAUUUGAGAAUCUUUAUGGGUAUUUUGAUAGAAGACCCUGUUGGAGAGGAGAACUGGCUAUUUUUCAAGGAAAUAAUUGUGUUCCUGAAGGUUUUUCAUUUUUCAAAAUACUGUGGUGAAAAAUGCAGAAACAGGUCGGCUUUUUGAUCAGAAAAAAAUGCAUUUUUCUGUUGAAAAAUCCGUUGAAAAUUGCUUGAAAUUUUGUUAUUUUUUUGUGAAAAUUGAGAUUUUUUUGGAGGCAUUUUUGAAGUGAAAAAGGUCUUAUUGGAAAUAACAUGAUAAUCAUUUUUUUAAGAAAAAUGAUCGUAUUUUUACAAGAUUUUUUUCAAUUUUUUUGAAAUAUUGUGAAGAAAAAUUUUUGGGAUUUUUGGAGGAGAAAGAGGCAUUUUUCUGUUGUAAAUUUGAUGGAAAUAGGCUUAGAAAGUUGUAAUUUUUUUGAAUAAAUCAAGAAUUAUGGGGAACUUUUGAUGUGAGGUCCUACUGGACAGCAACAAAUAAUAAUUAUUUUUAAGAGAAUCAAUUUUUUUAUCUUCUCAUUUUCAAGAGCUUUUAUUUUUUUCACCCUGUUUUUUUAAGAUAUUUUUGAACUAAAUUUAGGAAAAUCAUUUGAAUGCGACAAAAUUUCAUUUUUUUGUUGAAAAAAAUUGGUCGGAGAUCUCUUGAAAAAGUUGUAAUUUACAAGGAAAAUGAGAAUGCAAAUGUUAAAAUAUUCAAUCCGGGUGGAAACUUUGGUUCAUUUUUACAAUUUUGAUUUUCAAGACUUCAAAGAUAACUUUAUCCCUGUCUUUUUCUAUAGGAAAAAUUUCUUUAUUCUGACCUUAGAAGCGACUUUUUGAGUCAUUCAAUCUUUUUUGCAUAUAUUCUCGGUUUCAGAAAGAAAACUGGAUGGUGAUCGCGUUGGGCUACGAGUUGGGCCGUUUGGACAUUCUCCGACGUGGACUCGAGGCUCUCGACGAAAAUCUCCCACUCCGCGAUGAAUGUUCAUCAUUUCCCUGUCCCUAUGUUCCUAUCAUUUCCUCUUUUUCCCAGAUAUCCUCCUCAAAACGCUCCGUUUGGCCUUCUCGGCAAGUAUCACCCCGGAUUUCCGCUACGAAAUCAUCCUGACCGUCUUGGCCCGCUACGAAAGUUGCACCGAGAAAAGCAUUUGGCGCAUCUGCCAGGUACCCAAUGACCCAAACGACGACCUGUCUAUUUGUUUUGAAAUUUCCGAUUUUUAAGGGCUGGAUCCAGGUGAAUGAGUUCAAUCGGAUCGCCGAUUUGCUCUGCAUCCUGGUCGAACAGGUGAAUCGUUUUUCAUUAUAGUCCAUUCGGGGCGCGUCGUAGCGCAACAGGUUGUGUGCCUGUCUACGGCCCACAGUGUCACAGGUUCGAUCCCCGACCCAACCGAGGGGUUCAAAAAAUGUUGGUAGUGAAACGACGGCUUCAUAAUCCCCAGCUCUUCUCUCACCGGCGAGGUCAGAGAAAAACGAAAAUAGCACGUAAACAUGAGAGGGUCGUCGAGAGAUAAGGAGGGCGCAGAGAAACGUCAGUUUCAAGUCGCGAAAAAUGGACUAUUGAGCCCCCGCCGCGACUUGUAGUUUUCUGCCUGUCUGCGUCUCUCUGUCCCUCACCGGCGAGACCAGAGACACAUGAAAAUAGCAUGACAGCAUGAGAGAGUUUUUGAGAGACAAGGAGGGUCUAGAAAAAUAAAAAUAAAAGCAGUUCAAGCCGCCAGAAGCGAAAUAUAGGGAUUUAAUUUGUUAAAAAUUCAUUAAUUUUUAAAAAGAAAUGGUGGAAAGAUCCAUUCCUAAAAAGAAAAAUGAAUUUUUUUCGAUUGUUUUUGUUGAAUUUUUCAUAAAUUUAGAGCAUAAAUUUGAACAAGAAAGACAAAAUAUGCCUAGUUUUAGAGGAUUGAGGGAUUAAAAUGACCUUUUUCUAUAUUUGGGUUGAGAUUUUCUUUCAAGUGCUUCUGGAAUUUUUUUCUAGUUCAAACAUAGGUAAAAAUUGAGUUGGAAACUGAAUUUCAUGCUUUUUUUGAUAUUUAUAGAGUUAAAAAAAUAAAAGGAAUAUCUUUUUCCUAUUUCUGAUUUUUUGUCUCAACCUUUCGCGUGCGAUUUUUAACUUGAAAUAUGAGAAAGUUCAGAAAUUUUUCAUGCUUUUUUUGAAAAUUUUUGGUUUUAAAUUUUUCUAACAUUUUUUUCAAAUUUUCGUGUGCAAGUUUUAACCUGGAAUCAGAGAAAAAUCAAAUUUUUUCUCUCGGGAAGGUGAAUUUCUAACAAGAACGAAUGCUUUUCUCACAUUUUUUCUCGAAUAUUUUUCAAUUAAAAUAUCUUUUUUGCAGGGAAAAGAACCGCUCGCCUAUCAACUGGCCUUCGAUGUCUACGAAAACAGCAACCCGCAAUUCAUGUUCAAAAUGAACAGCCGCAUGGAAAAUUCGCUCCGUCCCAAGGCUCCGCCCGGAGCGGUUUAUCAACAAAAAUCAUGAAAAUUAUCAUUUUUUCCUUGAAGAAAUACGAGCCGGGACGUUCGCCCGGCGAGAAAUUGAAGCGAAUUUUGCGAGGCGACGAGACGAUCCGCCAGAGAACUUUGUUCUACUGUCGCCACAACAAAGUCGACCACCCCCUCUUACAAGUUUCUCCCGGGAUUUUUGAGAAAGCUUGAAUGGACAUUUUGGAGGAACUGAAAGACAGCACGAGGUCGGCCGUCGCCUGCAACGGCCUGAUCAUCGCCCAGGGGUUCACCAGCUAUGGAACGACCAGUCAUCGGUUCAUGAAGUUUGUAUUGGGGUGGGCUAAGGGAUUUUAGGACCAAAAUUGGGAAAAUGGUCAUUUUGUGAAGAAAAAAAAAACCUUUUAGGCGUCUUCUGUAGUUUUUUGUUCAGAUUUUUUUUUUCAAGACUAAUGACGUCAUUGGAAAAAACUCUGUGGAUGGCUCGCUCUUUGAUUGGUUUAUCACGCCAUUAGGGGCGGAGCUUGAGCGACGACUUGACAUCCAAAAUCUGAACAGACUUUAUGAGUCGAACUGAACGCUUUAUUAGCCUUGUAAACCUAGAAACGACUAGCCAACGAUUUAUGAAAUCGGUAUUGGGGUGGGUUGAGGAGUUUUAGGGCAAAAAUUGAAAAAAUCGAACGUUUCUCAACAGGAAAAAUGAUCAUUUUUUUGGUCUCGAAGUGACCUUUUUUUAUAGUGAUAUACCAUUCUCUGAGGUUGCCCUUCUCUGAGAUGAAAGCUUCAAUAAUUCUGUGAAACUGGAUUUUAUAAGUUCAACUUGAAGAUUAAAACAGAAAUAAUAAUCUUUUUUUUUGGUUCUGACGCAACCUCUUUAGGCUUCCUCUUGUUCGGAGCUCCUAUAGUCUGUUCACUUUUUGAAUGUCAAUUGCAAGGACGUCAUUUGAAAACGCUCUGAAUGGCUCGCUCUCUGAUUGGUUUAUCACGCCAUCAGAGGCGGAGCUUAAGCGACGACUUAAUGUUCAAAACCUGAACACAUUUUAUAAGUUGAAUUGAAAGCUUUAAUAGCCUUGAAAACGUAGGAAAGGCUAGCCAUUAUUUUAUGAAUUUGGUAUUAGGGUGGAUUGAGGGAUUUUAGGGCAAAAUUGGAAUAAUUAGAGCUUUGAACUGGAAAAUUGAUCAUUUUUUGAUCUUAGAGCUGUUUUUUUUUUAUUUGCAGUGGUCAAUUUCUAUGCUGAAAGCUUCGAAAACCAUUUAAAUGAAUGAAGGAAAAAUUUCAAGCUUUAAACAGGAAAAAAAAAGUCAUCUUUAGGUCAUCUCAUCCUCCGAAUUCAUUAAAAUUAAAAAAAUAAUACGGGCUUUUGAACGCCUAGUCAUCGGUUUUCAAGAGAAAAAAACGAGCUUUCUUUUUUAGACACGAAAAAAAUCAAUUGUUCCGGUUGGAUUUUUUUGAGAAGAUUUUUUUGGCUGAAGUGCGGACCUUCCAUACGUGGGCUAACAGGGUGUUUUUCACUUUCAAAAAGUAGUUGGUUAGCCCAUGUAUGGGACCUUCUGAUAGAAAAACGCCUUUUUUUCUUCAUUUUUUCAAAUUUUGUGUUCCAGAACGUUUUUGCCGAAAAAAUCAGUUUUUAGGAAACUCCAUGAAAAAAUAGACUGCGUUUCAUUUCGCUUUUAAAUUUUUUUCUCGUUUUUGUGAAAGGAAAGAGGUUCGAAGCCCAAUUUAUUUCUGGAACGUAUUGCAGGGCCUACCCGGAAUGGGUGUCCCGGGCGACCAACUGGAACAAAUUUAACGCGGUGGCCUCCCUCGGGUUGAUCCACAUCGGCCAGGAACAACACGCCAUGUCCUUCCUCCGGUCCUACAUGCCCAGCGAAGGCAGAACCACGUUCGGGUACCAGGAGGGCGGAGCCUACUUUGCCUAUGGUGAUUGGCUUGGAUUUUUCAUUGGGAAAUUGGAAAAAUCGAGAAUAAGGGAUGAUAGAGAUGAUAUGCUUUGAAAAAUGAGUUCAAGUUUAUUUUCCUUUUUAAGAUUCGGAGAAAAAUGGAUAAUUCAGAUAAUUUGCUAAAUAUGUCUUAGCUCAAUUUUUUUGGGGGAAAAAAAGACGUUUUUGAAGGUUUUUUUAUAACUUCAAAUUGUAAAGAAGAUCUUUUUUCAUUCAGAUUUUUCAGGAUUUAUCGUUUUUGAACUUUUAAAAAAACUGUGUAGACUUGAAAAAUGGCCUAGACCUUUUUUUUUGAAAAAGAAAUAUCUGUUGAGGAGAUUUUAAACUACAGUUCCUUCAAGGAAAAGAUGUUUUUUUGGUAGUUUUAUUGUUCGGGAUCAUACAUGGGCUAACCCACAUUUUUUCGUGACGUCAGAGCGGGCCCCCCUUGAAAAAGAGCGUACCCCCCUUGGAAAAGAGCGUACCCCUACAGAAAAAUCUAUUGAUGUGAAAUAUUUUUCAAAGUUGGGUUAUGGAUUAAUUAGCAAAUGUUUAUUAAUUUACGAUCCAUAUGUAGUACAUUCAGCUAAGUCUCGCGCCGUCAAAGUGAUUGUCGGUUGAUGACUUGCGGGCCCUCCGGCCUAUCCCGAUUUGCGAAAAUCGAUCCGAUUUCAAUUUCAAAAAUAAUCAUAAAUCAGAAUCUAUGAUCUGGCCAAGUUUCAGGCCGUUUGGAUGAGUUUUGAGAAAAAUGAUUUUUCCGACCUCUCAAAAGUGAUUUUUCGAAAUUUCCAAUUUUUCGGCUUAAAAUCAUUACUAAUCUUGAGAUAACACCUAAUAACGACAAAUUACUCAAUUUGCAACCUUUUGGAAGUUGUUCCAGUCGAAUUACAAGAUUUUGGGCUUGUGAGAAUAAAUAUCAAUUGGUGGCUUGCGGGCUCCCCCGGCCUAUCCCGAUUUGCGAGAAUCGAUCCGAUUUCGAUGUUAAAAAUAAUCAUGAAUCAGAAUCUACGAUCUGGCCAAGUUUCAGGCCGGUUGGAUGAGUUUUGAGAAAAAUGAUUUCUCCGACCUCAAGGGGGGCCCGCAAGCCACCAAUUGAUAUUUAUUCUCACAAGCCCAAAAUCUGUAAUUCGACUGGAACAACUUCCAAAAAGGUUGCAAAUUGAGUAUUUUGUUGUUAUUAGGUGUUAUCUCGAAAUUAUUAAUGAUUUUGAGCCGUAAAAAGCGAAAAAUAAAAAUCUAAUGGCCGGAAAAUGAAUAAUUUUCAAACCCUUCCGAUUGGCCUGAAAUUUUUGUGAGAACGUGUAAAAUGUGUAAUAUUCACUUUUAAAAAAAGAAAUCGAAUCGAUACCUAUCAUUCUGAAGUUUUUUUAGGACAUGAUUUAUACGAUUCGCCGCAGUAUUUUCGACCGUUUGGCGCUAGUAUAAGAUUUUGUCAAUAAUUUCACCACUCAAUAAACUUCAAAAGGCUUAAUGAAUAAAAUAAACCAAUUUCCUGUAACUUAUCGACCCUUAUUAAAGGAUCGAGGGGCCCGCAUGUGCUAAAUGGGCUGCUAGCCCACGUAUGUUCGGGAUAUAUUUUUUUUUUUGGAAGACUUAUAACGCUGUGAAAUAACAGUCGCAUGAAAUUAUAUAUACUUUAAUGAUCUAAUUUUUCCAGUUUUUUUCUUAUUUUUUUGAACCAUGUAAACUUAGCAAACGUGAAAAAAAUAGCCUAUAAAUAUUUUUUUGCGGCUUGAAAAUUAGCUUGAAAGACGAUUUUUAAGGCUUUAGACUUGAAAUCCGUAUUCGUAUAUUUCUAAAAAGAUUUUUUUAUUUUUUUAAUAAGCCCAAAGAAGUCUUUUCUUGACCUAAGUUGUUCAGGUCUGAUGCACAUAGCUCGUGGAAACAAGGAAACCCUCCAGAAUUUCCUCGAGUGGCUGAGAGACCAAAGUUCCCCGAAACCAAUGCGACACGGCGCCUGUCUUGGAGCCGCCGUUGCUCAUCACGGACAGCAGAAUGAAGAAGUAAAAAUUGAUAGAGAAGAAAAAAAAGCGUGUAUAGGAACAAAAAGAGGCAAAAAAUGUCAAACUUGAAAUCUCACAAGGAAGAUUUAAAAAAAUAGCCGAGAAAAAUGGCUUCUGCGCUCCACGGAUAACCACUCCUAUUUCCCAAUUUUCCUUCAAAAUUAAUGGAUCAAAUCGCCAAAACAAGACUCUAACAACAUUUUGGAACGAAAGAGAUAUUCAAGCUGAAAAAAAUACUUGGAAAAAGACGAUUUUCUAGCUUUUUUUCCCAUUAUUUUCUCAUUUUUACCGAAAAAAAUAUAGUUAAUUGGGUCGCAGGAUUGUCAGAACUGGAGUUGGAACAAUGUAGGGAUACAAAAAAAUGAUUUUUUGAUUUUUGAGCUUACAUGGGCUAACAGGGUAUCUUUAUCACUUUCGUAUUCCCCCUUUCAUUCAGAUGGCUUUUUUUAAGCAGCUGAAAAUGUCUUCAUAUUAUUUAUGGAGCUUUUUUUCGAUUAUAUUGAGUGAUGAUUUGAAUGUAUAUCUAUUAUCCUCGCUCCGAGCGGUCGAUAAAUCCGUGGGAAAUCGUAGGAAUCGCGUCAUAAAAAACUCCAAAAGUUAUGGAUCGAUCCGAAUUAUGUGUUUGAAAUGCUUCCAAUGGAUGGAUUAGAUGUGCUCACCAAACUUUAGGAGUUCGAAACAUUUUUUUUAAAAAAGUCAAUUUCUGAGCCCCAAAAAAAAAGAUUUCUGAAAAGUCGGAGUUUCAAGUUAUAAAUUUCUACUUUUUCAAGGGGGAGUACGCGAUGACGUUACAAAAAAAUUGUUGGUUGGUCCAUUUUUGGUUUUUUUGAGCAGAUUACCAUAGUUUUUUUCAUAUCAUUCACUUCAUGUUGAGUAAUUUUCUCAAAAAAUGUUUUGAAAAAUGACUAGAAUUUUUUUUCGUAUACCCGUUGAGAAUCCCGAAAAAAAAAUCAACGCAAAAGAAAAUUAUCAAAAACCGUUGAAAUGGGUCAUUUUAAGGCUUCAAAACUCUUUCGUUUUCUUUAAAAGAUGAACGGGUCUUUCUUGCAGCUCUACAGCCAAAUGCGCGCCGAGCUGAGCUUGGACGACGCGUUGACCGGAGAGGCGGCCGGCAUGGGAAUCGGAAUGAUCUACGCCGGAUCGAUGAACCCGCCCAUUUUCGAAGAACUCAAGGCGAUUCUCAACGACACGCCCCACGACAAGAUCCAGCGCGGAAUUCGCUUCGGAAUCGCCUGCUUGGCCUAUGGUUCGACUUCCACUUUUUGGGCGUUUGAACUGCUUUUCUUAGAGUUUUUAUUGAAAAAAGCGCGAAAAGGGAGAUUUUAUCAGUGGAAAUAUGAAAUUUAUUCAAAAUUAAGAAGAGAAGAGUUUGAGAUGAUAUUUUCAUUGAAACAUUAGAAGUUCUGGACUUCCUUUUUUCAUAAGAAGCUCUGAAUUUUGGCGUAAGUUUUUCGUUGAUUUCCCAUAAAAUUUUUCCAGUCAUUCCCUGUGGUAUUUUUUUUAUUGCGAAAAAGGUAGGCAACGAGUUUUUCUUUUUGAAAAAAAUGCGCGAAAAAAAGAGAUUUCUCAUUGAAAAAUUGAAAAUAUUUGACCAAAAAGUUCAAGUUGAGGUUUUCAUUGUAAAAAUUUAAGUUUUGAAUUUUUUGUCCGGUUUUUAAUCGAAGAAUGCGCGGAGACCUUUCUCAUUAAAAAGGUGAAAAACCUAAUCUUUCUCGUAUCGAAAAAUUGCGAGAAGAAUAAGUUAGACCGAAGAUUUUCAUUGGAAUAUUAGAAGUUUUGAAACUGAUUUUCAGAGUUUUCAUUCGAAAACACGCGAAAAAGAGGCUAUUGAUUAAAAACAGCCGUUUCAAGAGUUUCAUGAUUAUUUGAAUUGGGUUGAGCCUUUUCUGAGGAAAAAAAGUGAAAAAUUUGAUCGUAAUUUGAGGCGCGAAGCAUAUGAAUCUAUUUUUGUAGAAUCCGGAUGCUCCAAAACGAAAAAUUGUGGUUUCACACCAUCUCUGUGAAAAUGGAAAUAAGACACACUUCCUAGUGAGAAGAUUCAUAUUUGACCGUGAUUUUAAGGAGUGAAACAGAACUGCGAGAAGUAUGUGGCGGACCUGAUCGGCAACAAGAGCAACCCGAUGAUGCGGGCCACCGGCGUCUCUGUCCUCUCCAUGGCCUACGUCGGAACUGGAGAUCCGGACGUCGUCAGGAGACUUCUUGAGAAGGUCUCGGAACGCGUCAAAUGAACGAAAUGAGGACUGAAGUCACAUAGAAGCUCAGAAAGAGUUCCUGGAAAAAAAUGGCCUUCCUUUAUAGAUUUUUUUAAAAAUUAGAAUCGAAAAAGUAAAGGAACUGGUUUCCACGCCACAGAAUCGUUCUGUGAGCGGAAUGAGCAUUAAUUUUUUUUUAUUCGUAAAUCAAAAAGAUUUUAAAAGGUGUGGGAAAAGGAGAGUUGUAACAAGGGAGGUCUUUACACCUUCCCGCUUGAAAAUCCCUUAAAUAUUGGCCGGAACACUCCCGCAUGUACUCGAAGAACAUUCUGGAAGUCUCAACCUGCAUAAAUUUCUAGUUUUCAGGAAAUUAGGAAUUUCUAGGAGUCCCUAUAGGGCUUUGUUGCUUCAGGGUCUUCUAGAGGGAGCCCAAUAACGGUUUUACAUCUUCUUUAGAGACCACUGAGGAAAUUUGGGCUCAAAGCCCGAAAAAAACCUCUUUCAACGAUUCUUGAGCGUUUCCUUGAACUUGGAGGUGUUCUUUUUCAAAAACCAGGAAGUUGACCAGGAGUUUCGUCAUUUUGUGCAUCAAGGUGUGUCCUAGCCAGUUUUAGGAAAUUCCCAACCGAAUAUAGAAGAUUCUGAAAAUAUCAACUUGCAAAGUUUUCUAGUUUUUUGAAAAAGGUCACCUCAAAGUCAUACAGAAUCCGUUAAAAUAGGCUAACUUGGAGCUGAGAGCCCUUAUUUCUUGAUUUUUUGCUGAUUGAGACUUCCAGGACCUUCUUCUAGUACAACAAGGAGUUUUUGGACCAAUUUUUUUCAAAUGAUGAUCUUUCUUGUUAAUCAUAAAAUGAAUACACGUAUACAUGAAGAAGUAUGUUUCAAAUAAGCUAUAUUUAAAAAGGUUUACUUUCUUUUUUAUUACGUGCUUUUCACUGUUUUCAUUCUAAUAAUCCUAAUAAACCGGUUUCGAAGCGUUUCGUUUCAACGAAAAAAUACUUCUCAAUUUGAGGUUUUUUGUCAGGAAACUUUUUCAAAAAUCUUCGCUUAUUCUAUGGUGUUCAGAAUGCCAUGAAGGGAGGAUUUUUGAGAGAAUUUCCAUUCAAAAGCGUUCUAUUACAUUUCUCAACAAACUAAUCGUUCAAUUUCCCUAAGAGCACCUUAUAAGGAUGGUCAUUUCGAUAUACGGCUGAGAACUUCCCACAAAAAAGACCAUAACACUCCUUUAUGUACUAAUAGAAGAUUCUGAAAAUCUCAACUUGCAAAAUUUUCUAGUUUUUGAAAAAGGUCACCUCAAAGUCCAGCAAAGUCCGUUGAACUAGGCUAACUUGGAGCUGAGAGCCCUUAUUUCUUGAAAACUAGGAUAUUUUGCAGAUUGAGACUUCCAGGGUCUUCUUCUAGUACAAAAAGAAGUUUUUUUUGAACCAAUUUUUCAUGACCUUCCUUAUUAAUUAAAAAAAGAGUACACGUAUACACGAAGAAGUAAGUUUCAAAUAAGCUAUAUUCUAAAAAAAUUACUUUCUUUUUUUAUUAAACACUUUUUACCUUUUUGAUUCUAAUAAUCCUAAUAAACCAAUUUCGAAGCGUUUCGCUUUUUUUUUUUUACAUUUUUUUUUCUUUCAAGGUCGCCAGCGAUCCGAACAACGAUGUGAAACGACUGGCCGCCAUGGGAAUCGGAUUCGUUUUGUGCCAGUUCGUAAUUGAAUUAUUAAAUCAAGAAAAUGAACUCAAUCGAAAAGUUUCGCCUUUUCUUGCUUGACUAAGGUAUUUUUAUAGACGAGUCUGAUACCUCGGGCAAGGUUGGAAUGGUGGAAAAUAGCCGCUAAAAGGGAGAGGCUCGAAAAAGGCAGCAGAAAGGGUCCCUUUAUGAAGCCUUUUUGUGGGAAGGCUCGAGAGAUGGUGGAAAAAGGGAGAGGCAGCAAAAAUGAGCCUUUUUCCACCCUUUCCGACUUUGCCUAUGACUUCACUCGAACUUUUGGAAAUUUUAUUUAAUUUGGCGUUUUUCCCAAUUUUUUUUCAACUUUGAAAAACAAAUUUUAUAUUUUUUGCAAUAUAACUGAUUCACGGCCAGCUUGGGACGCUAGGGGGCGUCUGCGCUCUCCACGAGCCAGGCGCUGUCUCGUGCAUUAUCGUGUCAGGACCCUUUUUUCGAUGGCUCAAGCCAGCCGUGAAUCAGCUAUAUAUCUUUGAAAAAAAUGAGUGUUUCUGUCCCUUUACCCCUAAAUUUCAUUAUUUUUGAGAAAUUCUUUCAUUUUUUUAGCGAGAUUGAAGAGUGCAUUUCGUACUGUUCGAUGCUCGUUGAGCACUUCAACGGAUUCGUCCGCUAUGGCGCUGUGAUGGCCCUCGCCAUCGCCUGUGCUUCUACUGGAAAUAUGGUUUCUCAGUAGAGAAUACAUAAAAUAUUCCAUUGUUCAGGACGCCAUCACGGUUCUGGAGCCGGUCCUCUCGGACAAGGAAAACUACGUGAGAAGUGGGGCUUUCAUCGCGACGGCGUUGAUCAUGGUCCAGCAGAACGAGUACACUUGCUCAAAGGUACAGGAACAAGUUUUGGUCGAGAAGCUGAAAAAAAAUAGAUUUUUAAAUGAUUUUUGAGCUUUUUUGAAAUUUUCAGGGAAUUUUUAAAAGGGUAUCAAGCUUCUCCUAGGAAUAAAAAAAAGAGAAAAAAAGUACGAUUAAAAAUAGUGGCAGACUGAGAUGUAGACGCAUUACAAUCGACUCCUUGAACUGAACCUAUCCUGAAAUUUAGAGCGUCAACUUCCGGAAGCACAUCCUGAGAAAAGUGACCGAGAAAGUGGAGGAUCAGCUCGUCAUUUUCGGCUCCUACGUUGCUCAUGUUAGUUUUUCGGGACACCCAUGAAAACGCGCAUGUCGGCUAUGUUUACAGUAGAAAGUGAAGCGCGCCCGACCCUUAGCGACUUUUGUUCUUCGGCUUAAGGAUUCUGAGUUUUUGUCAAUUUUGAGUCAGUUUCCGCUAAUUCAGAGCGUUUUAACAGCAAAAAUUGCGAGUUCAAAUCCGAUUUUUAGCGCGCGCGAGGCGUUCUCCGUGUGUUUUUGAGCCCUUUUGUAUAAAAUAAUGACGAUCUUACUGUGGUAGUGGAUGCAUGGAAGCGGAAGUAGUUUUCUGUCGUUUUUGGUCUUUUUUUCGAAAUAGUGUCUGUUUUCUAUACUCCACGAAUUCGCGGGGCUUCAUGGGCCAAAUAUUGAAUAUUUGCGUCCGACUUUUAGCGACUUGCGCACGAGUCGUUCUCCUUCGAUUUUGAGCCAUUUUGUAUAAAAUAAUGACGAUCUUACUGUGGUAGUGGAUGCAUGGAAGUGGAAGUAGUUUCUCGUCGGUUGAGAUCUUUUUUUUUUAAAUAGGGCGUUUUUUCUAUACAAUGGGAUGCUAUAGUGCACGAGUAGUUUUCUAUCGCAUUUGAACAGUUUUUUACAAAAAAAAGCGGUUUUAUCGAGAUUAUAGAUGCUAGAAAACGUAAGUAGUUUUUGGUCGGAUUUCGGUCUUUUUGUGAAAAAUCGUGCCAUCUUCCCUUUGCUCAAAGAUCAUAUAGCGCGAAAAUUGCCCUCUGUCGGUUUUUCAGCCAUUUUUUUUUACAGAAUUAGCAGUUGGAUUAUAAAUAAUUCAGUACAUUAGAGAAACCGACAUUUUUCCAGGGAAUCAUGGACUUUGGCGGCAAGAACGCCUUCCUGUCGAUCAAGAACCGCCACGGCGAGGUCGACUGCACGAGCACGAUCGGAUUCCUCGGGUUCCUGCACGGCUGGUACUGGCAUUCGGCCUACAACUUCUUGGCGAUGGCCGCCAAGCCCGCCUGCAUCAUCCUCAUCAAUCCCGACUUCAAGGUCUUCAUUGCAGAUGAGAAAAAGCUCCAAAAUUAUUGAAACUGGAAAGUCUUGCAAGGGCCACUUUUUGAAAGACUGUAUUUAAUGGAAUUUUUUUAAAAAGAAACCUCCUAAAAAAAUAUUAGGUAGGGUUUAUCGAUCCAUAUUUCAUUUUCAAGCUAGGAUUUUAUAAGAAAAAGAAUAAUCUUCUUCAACAUUUUUGCUCUUUCCUUAGGCAAUCUAAUACGGAAGAAAUAAAUCUUCCAGAUGCCGCUCAUCAACCUCUACUGCAGCGCCAGGGCUGUCCUGUUUGGCUACCCGCCAAUGGCCGAAGUCAAGAAGGAAAGAGAGGCGAAACGUAUCGAGGCGGCCGUUCUCUCGGUCACCGGAAAACGGACCCUCAGAAGGGACGCCCGCAAACGGCUCGUCAUGUACGACGAGGCGCCCGAGAAGGUCGACCUCAGCGCGAAGAUCGAGAAGUUCGUCGGGGGAUUGGGAGGGAGAAGCAUAGCAAAGCUUUAAAAAAGGGGAAAUCUUUUUUUCCAUUCCUUUGAAGGAGGUCAACUCCAGCGAGAAGAUGGAGCAGUUCGCCUGGAGAUUGGGAGUAGGAACACAUUCAAAAAAAGACAACUGAAGAACAGUAGAAAGUUCUGUAUUUUUCUUCGUGUUUUGAAAGUAAAUUUAGGAUUACGUUGUCAAUAGUUUGUUUGAAAAAUAAGAAAAGUUUGCUAAUUUAUCAAUUUUUGGAUACGUAUAAGAUGGAAAAUUAGAAAAAGUCAGCAAGUUUGAAAAUCAGGGGAUGAGACUCCUGGGAUUUUUCCUGAGAUUUUCUGAGAAAUAGACCUUUUUGAAGUUUUUUGAAGGUUAAAAAUGGCCUAGAAAUAGAAAAUAUAAAAACACGAGAAUCUUCUUUUGAAGGAAGUCACCGGCGCUGGUGGACCCCCGAUCCUGGUCGAUGGUCCAAAAUCCGGCCCGUGUCGCCCCGGCGCUCGUCCAAUACGUUCAGAUGACCGUGGAUUUCGAGUUAGACCUUUUUAAUUUUAUUUGUUGUGCAUUAAUUUCCAUACUCGGUGUUCACUGUUGGCUUUUGGUAAGAAAUGGCCCGUUUUCCCCUUGGAUUUUUCAGUUUUAUCCCUUUGAACUGGUUAGUGCUUCAUGUGGGUACGGCUGGAUUUAUUUUAAAGUCGAAAAGGUAAUCAGAUUCCAGGUUUUUCGAAAAGUAUUUUUCAAUUUCCGUUGAAAGAAUGCCAUUUUUUUCAAAAAUCAGACUUUGAGAACAAGCUUGAAAGUCUAGAAAUAGAAAAGAAACUGUGUUAGCGACUAGAUUAUAAUAUUUAUAACGAAUUCAAGAGAAAGUAUCGAUUUUUCAUAAUUUUAAUGCAUUUUUUGAUAUUUUUUUCCUGUAAACUUGUCAAAAUUAUACGUAGACUUUUUUUUUUGAUUACAGAGAUAUCAGGUUUACGGAGAGCGUCUGUGAAGACAGGUUGAAGCUAAAAUUGCAAUGGAGAUCACAUUUAAUGUGAGUCCAAUCACUUAGGAAAAAUAUCCAUUUUCCUUGUAAUUGUCUAGUAAAAAAAAGGUCAAAAAAAUGCCUUUUUCCACUGAUUUUAGCCACUGAAAAAAAAGCCAACGGUAAAUAGAGUACUCAAUCUUAUCUUCAUGCAAACUGUUGACUUGAUUUCGAAAUUCCCGAUAUUCAGGUACAAACUGCAGCGAUCUAUCGUCCCUGGCGGAAUCAUCAUCGCCGUGAAAGAUCCCAAGAGCACUUGUGGCGACACUUUUAUCAAUGAUGUGGGUUCGAAAAGAGUGGAAAAAACGGGGUUUUUGAAGAAAUUUUGACUGAGAAUUGGAACUUUCGACGAGAUUUUGAAGAAAAUAAGGUUUUUUCAAAGAAGUCAAAUGUUAUGAAAAAUUUUUGGAAGAAUAUGGUGGAAUUUUAAAGUUUUGCAGUCAAAAAUACUAGGAUUUUUCUGCGAAAAAAAGGCAGAAAAAUGGGCUAAAUUUCAAAAAAAGCUGGGUCCUGGCACGAAUGGCGAGAUAGUGUGACUAGAAGAGAGGUUGCUAGAGUGUACUAAAGUUUUCGAAACAUGAAAGUAUGGGAAUAAUCAAUUUUUCGAACUUGAGACUUCAAAAAGGAAUGUUUUUGGAUACGAAAACUGACAAAAAAAUUAUAUUUUUUCAGAAAUUUACUGUAGGCCUCAUUUCUGUUGUUUGUGACGUGUAUGCACAAUUUACAUUUAAUUCGACGGCAAAGUUGACGUUUAUCUCAAGUUUGUUACAAAUUUUCUCGAAACAGGGGUUUCCAAGCAUAGAGCCGAGUGAUAACUCUAGGGUGCUUAAGGCGUCUCAGAGAAACACUAAAUUAGAUGAUUUUCCUUGCUUGGAAGUAGCUUCAAAAUGAUAAAAACCAGGAAUUUCUUGAAAAGAAGCUAUUUUUAAUGCUUUCAGGUUCUAUUGCUCAAUUUUGAUACACUAUUUUUGCAAAAAAAAAAUAAUUUCAGAUCGAGCCGACGCAGCCCGAGAAGCGGACCAUUGAGCCGUUGCCCCACUCGACCUUCGAAAUCGACCUGUCCGAUUUCGCUUAAUUUUGAUGUGUCAUAUCAUUUUUUUCGUUUCGUUUUUGUAAAUGUGUAUGUGAUGGAAAAGAGCUCUACAGCUUGAAUAUUACUUGCGGAUUUUCUCCUGGUCUCGUUUUAGUGUGCUUUCUCGUGAGUAAAUGACUUGAUUGGAAAUGUUUUUCUUUUUGAUUAUUUUGGAAGGCCUUGAGAGUUUGCGUAAGCGUGGGUUGUAUCCCAGUUUUCUACCUGUGAAGAAAAAGUUCGGACGGCUUCUGAGCGAGAAUCUAUGGGUCUUGAAGCGAAAUUUGAGUACCUAGCUACUCUAUUCCCAUUAUUUGAUUGAAUAGCAUCUUUCUGAUGGCUCUUUUUGAGCCCCUCAAAUUAAAUUUCCUGAAAUAUAGCUGAUUCACGGCUGGCUUGAGCCAUCGAGAAAAGGGUCCUGCCACGAAAAGAGACGAGACAGUGCCCAGUUGGUGGAGAGUGCAGACAGGCCACGCCUUUUUGCGUCCCAAGCUAGCCGUGAAUCGUCCAUAAUUCACUGUAAAUUUGUGUUCAGAAGAAAUUAAUGUAUUAAAUUUGUAAGGCGCCUUUCAAAAAAAUUGGAUUAAUGAAAAAUCUGUUCAGCCCAUCCGGUUUGGCACUCUAGGUUUCAAUUUUACAUACAGCAAUUGCGGUUUUUUUGGGCGAUAUCUUCGUUAAUAACGAAAAAAAUGAAAAAAAUUCGAAGAAAAACACAAUGAGAAAAAUUCAAAGAUACAAAUCAAGUUUUAAAAAAAUAGAGUUUUUGCAAACGCCAGCAAGCCUUAACAAAUUGAUUGUAGUUAAAAUCGGACUCCAACCAAAAAGGAUCAUACGCCGAAAUUUUUGACCUCUACCGUAAUUUCUGACCGAGUGCGGUCGCGCCAAAACGAUCGUCAUCAUUUUUUUGCCGUCAUCCGAUCGAUUUCUCCUAUUUUUAUGUACUUUUUUUGUAUAAUAUGAUGUAAUUUGUGCUUUUUUUAAACUUUGUAAUACACUUUAAAUAGCUUAAAAUCAAUAUUUAAAGGAAUUUAUGAUGAAACAAACGUUAUUUUGAAAUGUUGAUUCAAUAAAUUGAUGUUUUCAUGAUAUUUCUCACUUAAUUCGCGUUUUUUUGUCAUUUCUUGUAUUCAAAAAUCGUUUUUCCAGGAAUUCCACGAGGAUUCCAUCGCGGAAUUACAGAACGGAGCAAGAAAGCAACUGUCAGAAGCGAACUCGAAGAGAAUAAUGCUUAAUGGAACGGUUUCGAGCUGAUUUGGAACUUCUUUUUCUCUAAAAUGUUGCUUUCUUGCUCAGUUUUGUCAGCCCAUCGACUUUGAAAAAUGAAAGGUGAUUUUUUUUAAUUGUCAUUUUUUGUGGCGCUCGGACAAUGGCGAAAUUAUAUAUUUGAGCUUUUAAAAACUCAUGACGUUUCUCGUUCAAGGUUUUUGAAGGAAUUUGCGAGUCUCCGAGCGUUGAAUUUCUUGAUAACUUGUAGCAUAUUGUCUAGUUUUUUUACUUUUUUCAGAAAUCAAGCACGGCGAAACGAAAAAAAGUCGGUCAUCUACUCUCUUCUUCUGACGCCAUCUUCGUUCGGAGGAUGGAACUUGGACGUGUUAAUUGGAUCUCUUCAGGUGAUUUUGAAAGUAAGAGACUACAUUAAUGGUUUUGAAAGUUCGAAAACGACAUUGAAACAUCUAAAACGUAGAUGGUGAGCCUUUACAACUGUUUCCUGAUUUGAUUGGAAAGACGGCUUGAACUUAGAACGAUUUUCGCUGAGAUCAGUUGAUGACAGGAAAAGCUCGCUAUUUCCUUGUUUUUGAUGUGAAUUUUUGUUUCGUUUUGAUAAGAUUUCGAAGAUGUUCUAUUUUAAGAGGGCAAUACCUUUUUUUCAGUGUGUUAGUUUUAUCAUGUUCUCACAUCAGGACGUGAAUUUUAGCUUUUCCUUUUGACUCGAAGUUUGUGCCUCGUUCAGAGUGAUUCCGUGGUUUCCACUCGGCAAACUUGUGAAAUAGCGAUAUUUUGCAAGGUUUUCCGAGUGGAAGUCGCGGAGUCACUCAUCACUUCGAGGCAUCACUUCGAGGCCAAACUUGUAGUUUCUCCAAAAAAAGAAAGUUUUCGGGGUGUACGAGCCCCUUUGCCACCAACGAACAUAAAUUCUUGAAGAAGCGCGCCAGGAAACGGACGCCACCAGAUCGAUCGUUGGUGACGUCCACACCCGGCGCUGUACUCCAAGAGUCUCUGCAAGUUGGGAGGCAAAUGCUUGGCUGGGAUUCGAACCCGAGUCCCCAGAUCGAGGGACGAGUUGCCUCGCCACUCUACCAAGCCCGCACGAUCGUUCCACUUGUCUCGGCGCCCCAUACCGCCGCUGGUCCCGAGUGGCCGAGUGUCGGCUUGGGUCGAGAGGCGCCGUUUGACCCCCCGACUGUAGUUUGACCCGCGGCGCCAAAACAUUGCGUCAUCCUUCCCUGGCCUUCUAGAACUUCUUCUUGCGUCAUUCUUUUUUCAUUUUUUUAAUGUUUUUUUAAAUUAUUCCAACUAAAGAUCAAGCUUUUUUUAGUUGUAUGGGAGUAUAGUUUAGGAUAAUUUCAAGCUUCUUUCAUGAUUAUAUUCAUUAUUCAGUAUUAAAUGAUUAGAAAUUAUUGACUUUUAUGACUUUUUUUCGAUCAGUUUUGAAUUAAAAAGACGUUUGAAGCUUGCAUAAUUAUAGUGAUAGUGUACAUGAACGUGUGUUUCAAGUCAAUGCUCAUCUUCUGUAUUUCUAACCGUGUUGUAUUCUUUAAGAAAGUUUCUUUGUACUUUGUUUUUGUCAUCAAAAGAUUUUCAAUUUUCAGGCGGUUCUGGAAGGUUCUGACGACGUGGAGGCAAUCCGGGAUCCUGAAGAAGUCCAACAAAUAUUAAUCUUAAAGGUUUCCAAUUUAAACGAAAGUUCAAUGGAUGUAUUUAUUUUCAUGUUCCGUCGGGCAUCUCUCAAUCCGGCUCGUCGUAUGAGAAGAUGAGUUAUUCUUUUCAUCUAAGCGCAAUAAUUUUGAAAUUUAUAGAUUAUCAGAGUGAAAGCGGAGUGGAUGGAAUUGGAUUGUGAGGAGAUCAAGCGAUUCGAAAAAAAUGAAUUCAAAAGGAAAGUCAUUGGAACACCUUAAAGAAUUCCUUGCCGUUAAUAUAUUGCGGUAUAUUUUAUUUUUUUGUAAUCUUAGUUUAGAAGGAGAGUAUAUGACAGAAUUGCAUCGAUUUUUCGAAAUUUUGAGAAAAAACUCCUUGAACUUUUCGGGAACAAAGAAUCUUGAGUUGGACGUUGUUCAGGGUGCGCAGAAAUCCAUUUUCCCUUUUUUUCGAUUCGUAUUUUUCUUGAUUUUAUGUAACUUCAAAAACGCUUCAGGAACUUUUGCACACUUGACAGAUCUCAUGUCGUGUCGUUCCAAUCGCUUUUUAAUCAACUGAGAAGAAAAAAAAAUCGACAUUUUAUGAUACUGUUCCUGAAGCGCAAAGUCCCAGCAAUCUUGUCAUAUACUCUCGAUCGCCCAUUUUAGAACUAAGUUAGAUUUUUGAGUUCCAGAACUAAUCUUUUAAUUCAGGAAACGAAGACGCGGUCACGCUGCUUUGAUCCUCUUCCAGUCAUAAUUUCUCCUUUCCAAUAAAGUUUUCCUUGAAUCUACCGAAGUUAACAUGGGAUGAUGACCGCAGCGCGACCGCGUCGUAGGGCCUUAUGACUUUUAGGAAUUAGUGGAAUAAGGACUCUUUUCAGGUGAAGUAGGAUUUUCCUGUUGAAAAGUAAUAGUUCACCCCGUAUUUCAUUUUAUUUGAAGUGAGGGUUCAUGCUUCUCAAACUGGCUGGGAUAAUCGAUGACGUGCUAGAAGAUUCGGAAGUCCCAUGGAUGAAAGAAGUAGAAAUAUCGUUCAAAGCGUGCUUCAGGUCUUGUUCUUCUGAGAUUUCCAAGCUUACAUUUCGUUCAAAAAGGGUGAGCUUCUUCUUGACUUCGGUCAGAAAGAAGAAAGGGGGCUUCCUUCCGGCUCUUUGGCUUCGUGUCCAUACAUGGGCUAACCAACUACUUUUUGUGACGUCAUCACGUACCCCCUUGAAAAAAAGUACGUACUCCCCUCGAAAAAGUACGUACCCCCGCGGAAAACUAUCAAUGUGAAAUGAUUAUUAAAGUUAAUAUAAAAAAAUUGAAUGAGACUAUUAUCUUGUUUCGCGGGCUUUUGGAAGUAUAUUAUUUUUUUCAACUCAUCCUCACGGCGUUAACAUACAGUGAAAGCGGAGCGUAAAUUUUGCCACCAUGCGUCGCGGUCGGGAACCACUGUAACUUGGUCAAAAAACGUCCGGAGGCUUGGAAAUUCGGAGCAUAUACCCAUAUUAGGGUAGACUCAAGGUUAAUAAUGUUUUUGAGCCAAAAAAUUCAAAAUUUCAAAAUAUCCCUUUCCGGUGGCCCAAAAAUCUAUUUUCCUUAAAACUCAUCCCAACGGCCUGAAACUUGGCCAGAUCAUAAAACUCACUUUAUAAUGUGGAAUAACAUUGAAAAACAGAUCGAUUUUCGGAUUUUGGGGGAGUACGGGGGGGUACGCAAACCGUCAAGUGAUAACGCUUUGAAACACUCUAACUUGGUCAAAAAACGUCCGGAAGCCUGGAAACUUGAAGCAUAUACCUUAUUUAGGGUUAACUCAAAGUUGAUAACGAUUUUGAGCCAAAAAAUUGUAGAUUUCCAGAAAUCAUUUUCUUAUGGGGUCAGAAGUUGAUUAUUUUUUUAAAUUUUCCAAACGGCUUAAAAUUUGGUGAGCAUGUAUGUAUCAUCCAUUGGUACCAUUUAAACUAGAAUUCAGGUCGAUUUAUCAGCUCUGGAAUUUUUCAUAAGGCUAUUUCUACAAUUCCCCGCGAUUUUAUCAACCGUUCGGAGCUAGGCAAAAAGAUAGGCAACGAAUUUCCUACUAAAUGUACUUUGAAAAGCUCGAUAAAUAAUAUGGAUGCAUUUUCCGCGGCUUAGAAAGCCAUCUGAAUGAAUAGGGGGGCCCGAAAGUGAAAAACAGCCUGUUAGCCCACGUAUGUUCGUGGGCUAACAGAGCAUGACCUCGGUCACUCUUUCCGGAGGGGAGAUCUCAGCCGCUCGGAACCUCUGAGUGGCACUUCGGUCCAACCAAGGAGACUGGUGCACUGUCCCACCCCUCCGUGCUCCUGUACCCAGUCAGUCUCUCUGACUUCGAUUUUAUGCGAAUCAACUGCUUGGAAUCUCGGAAGAGCCAGACUUUUACAUGGCUUUGCACGGUAUUUCUAAGACACUUUCAAUAUAUUGAUUGGUCUAGUAAAUCCUCCACGUGCCAAAAACUUGCCUUUUUGCGCUUUUCAUGACAAUCUUUCUUUUAGUUUCUUGGCUUUCUUGUCCUUUUCAUGAGUCAAAAUCCAACAUUGGCCCACCAAUGAACAUAUUGAUUGGUCUAGUAAGUCCUCCAGGAGCCAUAACCUUCCUUCAUCCGUGAUCUUUCAAGUACCAUUUUCUUAUCUUUUUAGAUGUCUUUAUCUUCUCUCAUCUCCAAAGAGCUUUUCUCACUUCGGUCAGAAAAAGAAGGCUUGCACCUUCCCGGAAGAGAGUUCUCAGCCACUUGGACUCCAACUCCAAGUGGCAACUUCGGUCUAACCAAGGAGACUGGCGAUUUUCCCACUCUUCCGUGCUCCAAGUACACUAGCUUGACUUGUCAGGCUUCAAACUUGAUGGAGAUGACCAGAACAUCAGAGAGUAUCUCAGCUAAUUAGGAGAAGACUUCAUUGCAUGACUUGUGUGAGAACAGAACAUAUAGUAAGUGAGAAGACUUUAUUGAGAGGCAUAGAAAAGAGAUCAUGAUUGACAGACUGAAUGUGAAGAAGUAGAAGAACUUGAAAUCUGAAAAUGCUGUAUUAACAUUUCAAUUUGAAAAGCAAAAUUUUUGUGUAUUUAUUGCUGUCUGAAUAAAGAGAUUACACUGUUAUAUUGCACAAGAAGUGAUUAAUUUGAAUUGAAAGAUUGCUGUAUUAAAACUUGCAAUUCUAAAUACUUGCAGUUUGAAAAGAAAGAAAGAAAUUCAGUAUUGUUAUUGCAGUUCUAAUUGAAAAAUGCUGCUUUAAUAUUGCAAUUUGAAUGUAAAAAUUGUUGUUUUUAAUAUUGCUUGAAUUUUGAACAGGAAAAAUGUAAUUUGAAUAUAUUGCAAAUUUUUGAACUUGCAAUUUGAAUAUAGAAAUUCAGUAUUGUUAUUGCAAUUUGAGUAGAAAACGUGCUGUAUUAAUAUUGCAGUUCUAAUUGAAAAAAAUUCAGUAUUGUUAUUGCAAUUUGAAUAGAAAAAAAUGCUAUUUAAAUAUUGCAAUUUUAAAAAGAAAAAAAUGCUAUUUAAAUAUUGCAAUUUGAAUAAAAAUGCUGUUUUUAAACUUGCAAUUUGAAUAUAGAAAUGCUAUUUUAAUAUUGCAAUUUCAAAAAGAAAAAAAUGCUGCUUUAAUAUUGCAAUUUCAAUGCUAUUUUUAAUAUAGCAUUUGCCCAUUUUUUCAGACAGAAACUUUGGAUUCUCCCAGUGAAAGGCCCAAAGUGGGGCCUCUGAAUCAUCUUCUGCCUGUCUGUGAUGAGAUCGGCUGGGAGAACCUGACCGGACUCGACUUUUGCAAGUCUCUAUGAGCACUCUCUCAUCAGAAUGGUGCGGCCUCCAUUGAGCACAGCUCAAUGUUCAGAUACAACUCUUUGGACCAUUCGGAGCAAAAAACAAAGAAGGCAUUCGUCAAAUAUUUCAAUCAACUGCCUUUAAUUUAUAAUAAAUAUUCCACUCUCUAAAUUUUCAUGUUACAACAAGAAGUUUGAAACUACAGUCAAAGUAGUAAACAGUUGCAUUCGUUUUGGCCCCUGUAGAAAUUACUACACUAAUCAAUGUGCAUUGGUGCGCUAAUGCUAGACUUUUGGCUCUUGGAGGAGGAUUUACUGAAUCACUCGAUCACCAAAAGUGAUUUGCAUGGGCGCAUCAAUGCAAGUCUCCUGGAGAAUUUACUAGACCAAUCGAUAUACAAAAGAGUUCAUCAAAUAUCGUGCAAAGUCAUGUAAGUCCAGUUCUUCCGAGAUUCCAAGCAUUUGCAUAAAAUCGAAGUCAGGGACACUGACGAGGUACGGGAGCACGGAGGAGUGGGACAGGGCACCAGUCUCCUUGGUUGGACCGAAGUGCCACUCAGAGGUUCCGAGUGGCUGA